AUGGCAAUUUACCCAGUACUAUUCAUACUUUUUAAUCAGAUCUUUAGUUAAGUGACUAAAUUGAAUCCAUAUUACUAAAUUUAUUAAUAAGAGUUUGAUUUUAGAGAAGGGGAUUAUGGAGAAAAUGAUUGCUUCAUUUAUGGAAUAUGGUCUAAAUAUAAUCCUCUAAGCAUUGUUUCUUAAGUUGGUUCUAUAGGAUUAUUUGACAGCAACUAUUAUCAUUUACACAAUAUUGUAGGCAAAUCUUCUCAAAAUUUGAACCUAAUUUAUUAUGAUUAUUUAGAAUUUAGUUCUCAAAAAAUUUAUAAGAUACUUGAGUUUAUAAAUGAAGAUGAUAAAAUAUCUAGAUUUGAAAUCAGCAUAGAUGCUUUACAAUAUGAAAACAUUUGGUAUUUUUUAGGAAUUAUUGAAUGGCCCGCAUAAUCAAAAUUCGAAAUAAUAAUAAUUUAAGAAGACAGAAUUAGGAUUCAUGAAAUUAAAUAAAUGAAACAGCCUUUUAAAGAUACAAAUAUAUUAUUAAGAUUCGGAGGGGAUUUAAUUGUAACAAAUACAUAAAUGCCAAUUCCAUCUGUGAAAACUUUAACAAAAUUUUCUUAUUUUCCAGGCUAUAUAAUGGUAUAAAAAUUAGACAAAAAAAUGUUAUAAUUUGAUGUUGAUUUAGUUGGUAUUGCUUAGAGUAAUUAUGAAAUUUAUGGUCAAUGUUAGUGUAAAUUGAAUGAAAAAUUUUAAAUAGAUGACUCUCAAAUAAAUAAAUUGGAUAAGCUAAUUUACAUUUCAAAAAAUACUAAUUGUGAUUCAUUUAUUUUAUCAGGAUGGUUUAAGAUUAUUGAAGUUAUAUCAUCUGAUGAUGAAUUUACCUAUAAAUUUAUAACGAUAUCAGCGAAUUUUGAAAACUCUCUUUCUGAUAAAAAUUUAUAGCCAUUUUAAAUGAGCUACUAUAUCUCAUCUACUGAAAAUAAAAUAAUAAUUGCAACUUAUAGUUAUACCUUUCCAGCUAUUUCUGUUGAUUUUAAAGAUAAUUCUUUUAUUUUGUUAAAAGAGUUUGUCAUAACUAAUUCCAUAAAUGUAUGGCAUAAUAUAUUUGUUAAUUUGGAGAAGACAUUAUUGAACUGUUAUGUUAGAUUUUAUGAAGGUGGUAACAUCCAUGAAUAUAAUGUUUAAUUUGAUGUUAAUUAAUUUCAUAUUAUUCAGCUUAAAUUGUAAUAUGGGAAUCUACUUUAAUCUAUUACAAACUAUUUAAAUAUGGAUGUGAAAAACUUAAUAUUAUAGAAUUGCCAUCAAAAAUUUUUGGAUUAGAAUUGCCAUUUUAGUUGCCAAGAUUGCGAUGGCCCUACAAUGUAUAAUUGUUUAUCUUGUUCAGAAGAAUCAAAACGAAUCUAUAUACCUGAAUAAAAAGUUUGCGUAUGUCCGUAUAAUUCUGUUGAUGAAAUAACAUGUUAAACUUACCUUGAUUCAAGCUUCUAAUUGAUAUUAGGAUAAAAGUAAAAUUUUGUUUGUUAAUAAGGAUAAUUUGAAUAUUAAGGAGAAUGUUUCAAAUGGUAAAUUUAGAUUAUAAUUAUUUUAGUCCUUCAAUUAUAAGAGAAAAUAUGCUUAGUUGUUUAGAUUGCUUAAAUAAUCCAAAGGCAUGGAAAGAAAAGCCUUUCUGUACUGACAAUCUUUAUUUUGAUAAUUAAGGAGGUACUCAAUAAUAAAUCUAUUCCCCAACUUCAUACUUUUUUCUUGAUGGGACUGAAGUGACUUUAUGUUUAUUUUGCUAAGAUACUAAUUUCUCUAGCUUAGAAGAUCAAUAUUUAGAUUAUUCGUAUCAAAAUUAAAAUUUUAAAUCUUUUUGUUAAGAUGAUGAUAGAUACUUUUAGUGUUACGAAUGCUUUUUUAGAGCAUGUGAAAAAUGCUAUUUAUCUAUCCAAGGUCAUCAAUGUCUAUAAUGUUAUUAUGGUUAUGAAUUGAUUUAUGGUGAAUGUAUAAGUGUACGGGAAACAGACCUUUCAAGUUUCUGUAGAUCUCCUUCAUAUGUAACCUCUAAGAAAAAAUGUAUUUAAUGUCCAAUAAGUUAUUGCAAAUAUUGUUUUGAAUAUCAACCUAAUAAUCUCUUAAAAAGUACGCUAUAUAAAAAUUUUGAGAAAUUUGAUGAAGAAGAAGAACUUAAAGUAGGAUGUGCUCUUUGUGAGGAUGGCUUUAUAUUUAAUUUCAAUACAGGUAAAUGUAUUAAUCAGAAACCUCAGAUUUAAAAUUGUAUAAGAUCCUUCAUUCAUUAAAAUGAUUAGGAACUUUGUACAUUAUCUGAAGUUGAUGAUUUCAACAUAGCCCCUGAAAUUUUAAAUUGUGAAAAGUACUUAAAUAAUUGCUUAUAAUGCUUGUUAUCUCCUGAAUCAACUUUAAAGUGCAUCAUUUGUAAAGAAGGAUAUACAAGUUCUAUUAUUAAUGGAGAGUGUUAUAAAAAUGAUUUAAUGAAUUCUAAAAUAGUUAUUGAAGGAGAUUUAACUUUAAGAGAUGGUUGGGUUCAAAGGAUUCAAAGUUUUAUGAUGCAAUUUUUACCAAAUAAAUAUUUCUAUCCUAAAACAGAGUAUAACUCAUUAAUUAGAGGAAUCAUUGUAGAGUGUUAAAAAGGGUAUAAAGAGAUUGGAAAAUCAAUCUGUGAAAAAUAUUGUGAUGACUCAUGCUUAUAAUGUGAAACCAAUAAUGGACCUUUUUGUACAAAAUGUCCUUUAAAUUAUUAUCAAUAGCCAAUCCGAUAUCAAGAAAAUGGAUAAUGUUCUGACUGCCCAUAAUUAUGCUAAAUUUGCUAAAGUAGAACUUAAGAAGAAAUUUAUGUAAUAUAUAAUACUGUUUUAACUAGAAUUUAUAACCAAGUUUUAUCUUAGAUGAAACAAAUAAAAUUUUUACAAAGAAAUGUUUAAAACUUAUUAAUAAUCCAAACAUCAUAUAUGAUUCUUAUUCCUAAGGAGCAAGAUAUUGUUUUGAAUCUAAUUGUCUUAAUUAAAUCAUGUAUGAAGUGAAACUUACUUUUUGUGGAGGCAUGUUUGUAUUUUGGCCAUCUGGCUUCGAUUAUGGUAUCAAUAUAAACUAUUGUAAUCAAAUGGGAAUAGAUACAAUAACAAUUGUUUUUAAAUUUUAAAUUAGAAGCUAAUUUUGUGGACUCAGAAAUAUCUUUGAUAUAUCAAAUUAAUUAAAAUCGAAGAUAUUUUCACUUCGCAGUAUUUAUUUCUCAAUUACUUCUGUUGAGAAUUUAGAUAUAUUUGCUCUUUAUUCAUUUGAAAUUCAUAACUUCGAUAAAAUUGAAUUAAAUAAUGUUGCUCUUUAAUUUAGAAAUUCAUAACAAUUUAUCAUAACUAAUAAUAAUACUUAAGUAGAUUUAAAAUUGAUUGAUUUUGCCUUCAAAUUAUGUUAUAUUAAUAGUAUUCAAUCUUUAUUUUAAAAUGAAAUAUUUGGAAAUAUUUAAGCCAAUAAUUUUUCCAUAUUAGACUCAACUUUUAUUAAUUCCUCUAUUUUAAAUUUAGAAGCAUAUAAAUAAAAUGGGUUAAUUAUAAUUAACAAACUUUUCAUCUUUAGAUGCAUUUUAAAAGAUUCUAACCUAUUUUAAUUUGGAAACAACUAAUUUAAUAUUUUGAUCUAAGAUUUAAUUAUAGAAUAAUGUGAGUUUUAUAAUUCUUCAAUUUUUACGUUUUACGACAAUCUGAAAGAUUUAACAUUUCUAAAUAUUGAUAAUCUAACAAUCCAAAAUAAUGUAUUUUAUCAAUCAAAUUUAAUUAAAAAUGCUAAUUUAGUAUCAUUAAGUUUAAUGAAUUUCAAAUUAAGCAAGAAUAAUUUGAUUUCGUCAAAAUUAAUAUCAUUCAAUUAUCAUUUAACUCUAAAUAAUUCCUAUAUACUAGAAAAUAAUUUUGUAGAUUCCUAAAUUUUGAUUUUGUUUUAGGGUCGAAGUUUUUAAAAAGCGAAUAUUAUUAUAUUUAAUCUAAAUUUAUAACUAAAUUCAUUUAAUAAUACCAGCCUAUUUUUCUUAUAUUCAAAUUAAUUGAAUAACUAUUAUUUAGAUAUAUCAUAAAUUUACAUAGAAAAUAAUUAAAGAUUAGAUAACAAUGAUGAUGAAAUAGCUCUCUUUGUUAUAUCAUGUAGCUAAUUACUUAUUUUUAAUGCAAAGAUUAUUAAUGUUAAUGAUUAGAUAAUUUUUAAAAUUUAUGAAACUUAAAAAAUGUUUAUUUAAAAUGUGUAAUAUGAAAAUACGAAACAAAAUUUUAAAGUUCCUUUAUUAAUUGAUUGUCAUAGUUAAAUCUAAUAGAAAAAUCAGCUUCUCAGAAUAAUUGGAUUCGUUUCUUUAGAAAUUCUUAAUGUUUAAGUAAUAAGAUAAUUUAAUGUUGAUUUAUCGUUUAUUGAUAUAAGUUAUGGUAGAGGAUACUAAGAAUAGUAAUAAGGAAUGAUUUCAAUUUUUAAUGUUAUUUUUUAAGAGAACCUUUAAUUGUCAAGAUUACAAAUUAAUGUAAUGUCCUUAUUAAGUAUUCAUGCUGAAAUUUAAUUAAAUAUCAAUUUGAAAAACGUAGACUUUAAAGAAAACAUUGUACAUUCACAGACAGAUAGCUCAUUAAAGAAUGCUGCAAGUCUAAUGUUAAUUUCAUCUUCAGUAAGUUUUGUGUCAAUAGAAAACCUUAACAGUCAAAAUAAUGCAUUUACUAACUCUACAAAUACUUUUUUCAAUAUAAUUUCGAAUUAGAUUUAUAUUAAUAAUCUAAGUAUUAUUAAUCAUAAUAUAUUAACUUAAGAAUUGUGGCUAAAAUAUUAUGAUCUUUAAUUUGAUUAAAAUUUCGAUCAAGAAGAUAUGAACACUACUAUUUUUUAAAUACUUAAAAUAUCAAAUAUUGCAGGAGCAUGCUAAAUAACAUCAUCUAAAUUUUUUUGUUACAACUGCACUUUCACAAACAUUAUGGCCCAUAAAAGUAGCAUUUUUCAAAUUAAUACAAUAAAUGAAGGAUUAAUUAAACUAAAUUAAAUCUAAAUAUAUUCUAUUCAAAAUAAUAUCUAAUUUAUUACAAAUAGUUCAGGUUGCAUAAACAUAAAUGCUUAAAAUAGUUUAUUGAAUCUUAUAAUUAAAAAUGCAAUAUUUUCAAAUGUUUUAAAUAGAAUGUCAGCUUCAAUUUUAUCAAUUCACUCCUCAGAAAUUCAAAAUUAAAUCUCAUUUUUUAAUGUUGAAAUUUUAAAUUGCAUUUCUCUUAUGAAUCAGUUUAUGUCUGUGAGAUUUUCUCCAUAAAAUAUAAACAAUAACAUUUUAAUUCUUUAAAAAUUAUUGAUCUAAUAGAGUGAAGAGAAAUGGAAAUAGUAUUUUUCUAGUUUAGUAACUUUAAGCGAAACUGAGAUGGCAGAAAUAAGUGGAAAAAAUAAUGCUGUAAUUUACAUUUAAAAUUGCGAAAUAAUUAUCAAAGAACUAGUUGUAGAAGGAUUAUUUAUUUCUCCAAUUAUGAGAUUCAAUAAUGUUGUCAAAUUACUCCUAUUAAAUGCUUACAUUUAAGAUAUUCAAUUAUUUUAUCCAUGUAAUGUUAUUGUAGUGGAUUAAGACUUAAAUAUUAAAAACUUAAUAUCAUUCCGAUAAGUAUACCUUUUAAGAAUUUCAAAAUUUAAUGCCAGCGAUGUUAUUCAAAAUUUACAAUAUAAUAAUUAUUAAAUCAAAGAUUGCAAAUUAUUUAAGACAGUUUCAAGAAAUAAUUAAAAAUUGCUUAAUAUUUCAACACUUUAGAAUCGAUUUUUAAAAUUAUAGCAAGAAUCUUUGUCAAUAAUUUCGAUUAAAAGUAUUUAAAUUGAAAAUUAAAUUAUAUUUUAAAAAAUAAGAAUAUAGUAGAAUGAUUGUUCAUUUUGUAGUGAUGGUUUAAUCAAUUUUGGAGUAAUUAACAUUAAUUUUUUUCAUAUAGAAGAUUUUUCAUGUAUAUAAAAUUAAAUUUUGUCCUAUGGAUGUUUGCUAUUUUAGUAAAAAGAACAAAUAAAUACCAAGAUAAAAAUUUUAAAUUCAAAUUUUUAUGACAAUUAAGGUAGUAUAGGAGUAGGUAUAACAGCUUAUAAUUCAUUCAUGAUGAUUAAAUAAUGCAAAUUAUUGAAAAAUAUAGCCAGCACCUAAGGUGGAGGAUUAUACCUUACUUUAAAUAACAAUAGCUUUCUAUUUAAUGAAUCUAUAAUAUUAAAUAAUAAAGCUAAAGAAGCUGGAGGUAUUUAUCUUAAUGGAGAAUAUAUUUUAAAUGAAACCAAUUUUGUUAAAACUAUCUUGCUUUUUAAUAAAGCUCAAAAUUUUGCAAAUAAUCUUAUAGAAAGCCCAACUUAUUUAUCUUUAUGCAUAAAUUAAAGAGAGAUGCAAUCUCAAAUUUUAUACCAUAAUAAUUAAUAAAAGAAUAUUUUGAAACUGGCUCCUUAUUUAGUAAUUGAGCAAGAAAAAUAAUACUAUACAAAUUAUCUCAUGCUUCCUAGUGGUUAAUCAAUAAUGAAUUAUGAAAUAACUAUGCCUCAAAUUUCUAAAACUUUAUAUUAUAUACAAGAAAUUGGGUUGUAUUUAAAAAAUAGUAGAAAUGAAUAAGUUUAAAACUUAUUUAAUUCAACCUGUCUCAUAUAAUUUGAUAUUAUUUAAAAUAAAUAAAAAAACGAUAACUCAAUUUAGGAAAAUAAUCAGAGAGUUAUAGUAGAUUUUAAUUAAUAAAAAAACUAUUUCGAUAUGAGUUCACUUUCUAUAAUUUUUGAUCCAUAUGAUUAGGAUAAAAAAUAUCUAUAAAUAGAAGCUGCUUGUAAAAUAGAUUAAUUUAAUAAAACAUUAAACUAUCUAAUAAACGUUAGGAGUUUUAAAUGUUAGCUUGGUGAAUUUUAUAUGAAUAAAGGUUGUCAAAAAUGUAUUGCAAAUUAAGGAUUUUAUUCAGUAACGUAUGAUACUAAUAAAUGCUCCAUAUUUGAUAAAAAUAAAUUCUUAGAAAUAACAGAGAACAAAAUAAAUUUGUAAUAAGGUUUUUGGAGACCACAUUAUCUUUCUGACCAUACAAGUUACUGUUUUAAAAAUAAAAUUUUUUGUAAGGGGGGAUGGAGUUAUGGAAAUAAAUUAUGUAGCAUUGGGCAUUUGGGUGCAUUAUGUGAAGAAUGUGAUAUUUAGAAUAUAAUGGGAGAAGGAAAAUAUUAUAAAACUUUAUAAAAUUAAGAAUGUUUAAUUUGUCAGGAAUAAUUAGAAAAUUAUGUUUCUUUUAUUUUAAUUUUGAUGUGGUAUUAUAUAUUCUUAAAUCAUAGGGCUAUUUGCUCCAUUACGUUAACUUUGAAUAGCACCUAAAAAUCUUUUUAAAUGUUUACAUAACUUAAACUUAAGGAAAGAUUCAAUAAAAUUUUAUUCAAAUUAAAUUAAGGUAUAUUUAUAAAUAAAAAUAAGAUCAUUAAAGUAUUCUGAUUAAAAUGUUGCUCAAUUAUUUAUGGAUGUUUUCACUCAUUUUUACUUUUAACAUUUAAUUUUCCUUUUAAUUUGUCUUCAUAGAUUAAGUAAGCAAUACAUCAUACUUCAUGGUUAAUAAUUUGGAUUGUUAUUUAUCGAAUAUAUAAACAAUCGAAUUAAUUUAUUGCAAAAUAUUUACUAUGUUGGUUUUCAUUCUUUAAUAAUUCAUAUUAAUUAUUACAGGGUAUAUAUUUUAUUCGAUUAAAAUUGGUUAAAAAUUCAGGUCUAGCAUAAUUUCUAAUACUUUAUUAAUUUUAUACAUAUUUAACUUUCCUGGAUUGAUUAAAAUGUAAUUAAGAUAUAUUUUUAGGUUAUGUUCUACAAUAUCAAAUAGAUGGAUAUCUAAUGUCAAUUAUAUACAAGGAGAUGUUUCUUUACUUUAUGGAAGUGAAAGUCAUAUAAAAUGGAUGUUUUACUUUGUAAUUCCAAUUCUAAUUUGUUUUGGAUGUUGUAUUCCUUUAAACCUUUUUGUCUUAUUACAUUUUAAAAGGAAAUAAUUAGAUUCACUAAAAUUAAGAAGCCAUCUUUGUUAUAUUUACAAUGAAUAUAAUGAACAUAGCUAUUUUUGGGAGUUAAUAAAAUUAGUUCAAAAAGUUAUAAUGAUACUAAUAUCAACAUCUUUUGAAACUAAUAUUUCAAUUAAAGCAUCGUUGCUUGGAAUUACCUUGUUAUUUUACUAAGGUCUAACAGUAAAAUUUAAACCAUAUUUAACAUCUCACAUGAAUCAUUUAGACUUAUACACAGGAUAAAUUUGUUCUAUGUCUAUAUUUCUGGCUGCUGUUAAAAAUACAAGCGACUAAGAAAAUAAUCAAGUUUUGUCUACUAUUUUAUAAACAAUCAUAAUAUUUUUAUGCGUAUAACUUUGCCACCCUUUUAUAUAAAAAAUAAUCUAAAUAUACUAUAAGAAAAAUAAAUUAGCAUUUUAUAUAAAUGUUAAAACCUUAUUCGAGAAAUUAAGAUUAAAAUUUUGCCUCAAAAGUUUAAGCGAAUUCAUUUCUAAAUUAAAGAAAAGAGAGCAAAAAGUUAAAGCCAAUUAUCUUAAAUUAAAAAUUCAUUUAUUUUCAACAUCUAAAGCUUAAAUGACUAAUAGGAAGUAAUUAAAAUUAUUUUAUUAAGAAAUUUAUUAACUUAAGGUAGUAUCUCCUUAUUCAAUUCUGGAAGAUAAGCGAGAAUUAGCGAGAAUUUUGGAUUAAAUUAGUUCUUUCAACUAGAAACAAAUUGA